ACAUGUAUCAGGAAGGCGUCUUUUCCAACACACCAACAUCUUACAUCCACCUUUUUAUAAUCUUUUGCAGCAAAUGUGAGGAUGGAGAAUUGCAGUGCUCUGAGGAUUGUGGUAAAUAUAAUAUAUAUAUAUAUAUAUAUAUAUAUUUUGUGGCGCUUGACAUGCCUUCAAAGAUAAUACUGUAUGUUACUGUCUGUUUCAGUUUGCACCCAGGGGAAAGUUUGUGUGCAUUGCUCACAAUUGUCAAUAGACACAGCUCGAGAAACAUGUGCCAGUCUGAGCAAACCAACAGUAAGUUCACUGUUAAUAUUCCAAACAAAAACAAAAAAAUUAAUAUUUCAUGCUAGCCCAAAAGUAGAAAUUAAAACUGUUAAUGUUUUAGUCUGCUGUACAGUAUAUGCACUAUGCAGGGUAACUCUCAGCUAUCCAUUCGGUCAAUGAGAUACUCAUAUUCUUUAUUCCCAGAGUGCUGUUCAGAGUUGUACAAGUGGCUGUUACUGUCCAGGGGGCCAGUUGGAAGACCAUAGGGGUGUGUGUGUCACUGUGGACAACUGCACCUGUGAAUACAGCGGCAGAGUGUUCAAAGCAGGACAGAGUGUCAAGACCAACUGUAGAAUAUGGUGAGUGAGCCACAACUGUUGCCUUGCUACUUCUGAAGUGUGUAUCAAUUACAGAUAACAUGCAUAAGUGAAUGUAUCACAAAUACGAUUUGGGGAUUUGUCUAUUUUGAAAGACAAACACACCAGGUAGUGUAUUAUAUCUAACGAACAUCAGGAAGUGUUUGUCUGAGUCUGAGCUGAAGCAAAGAUAGUGUGUUAUACUCACUGUCUGAAAUGGAAUCCAGAAUUUGAAUCCUAACCUCUUCUUAAGUUGAUUUUUCACUUAGUUUCCUAUUAACAUCAAUACAUGACUAAGCAAAUAAUUCUACUUAAGUGGAAGUUAGGAAUCGCCCCCUAAAAGUUUGUCUCCAUUCACCUCCCAGCACCUGCCGUCAAGCCCAGUGGAGCUGUGUAGAUAAACCAUGCCCUGGUACAUGCCUGGUGUAUGGGAACGGACACUAUCAAACCUUUGACUCUAAAUGGUACCGCUACGAUGGGAACUGUCAGUACACAUUAGUGGAGGUGAGUCACAGAAGGCCAUCCGAUAUCACCUUUUCAUUGGGUUAUCAAGCAUUGUUGUUUAUUUUGUUUUGUUUUCUAUUCUAUACUGCUGGGAAAUGAAUGGUACUGCUUCUUUAUAGAACCAAUUCCGCUGUUUUCUUCCUUCUCUCAUAGGAUGGCUGUGGUAGUGGAGCUGGGUCGUUUUCUGUCAAGGUGGAGAGUGUCCCAUGCUGUGACGAGGCUCUGACCUGUUCCCGGACCAUCGUGUUAGACCUGAUGGUAAUACACACAGCUCACUUCUCUCCUCUGUCACGCCAUGCUUUUGAAGUACAUUAUUACAUAGAACUUCCCCUCAGUUUAUUUGGUGUGUUUUAUCAAGUAGGACUAAGCACCACUUGGUAUCACCAGUUAGAUACUAAUUGUAUUGAAUAAUGUAAAUAAGUAUCAGAAAGUUUGCAUGUAUUUUUUAUUUUUUACUGAAUACCUCUGUUAUUUGGACUGUAAUAUGGAGAGUUAUUAACUUCAUUAAUGAUGUGUUUGUCUUUUCUCUCAGGGUAAAGUCACUCUGACUCUGAAUGAAAUGAAGGUGACGAGACGGCUCCAAGGGGGAUGGGCUUCUCUGGAGGCGGAGCCUCUGUACUCCACCCACACUGUGGGGCUCUACAUCAUCAUCUCAGUGCCUACUAGAGGACUAACCCUCAUCUGGGACAAACACUCCAGACUCACUGUCAUACUGGACGACCAUUGGAGGGUGAGUUCUCUCUGUCUAGACGUUAAAGAUGUAACCUGUAAGAUUUCCCUAUUGCUCAUUGAUCAUUUCAACUGCUGAAAUAUCAUUGCAACUACUGUGAUGUCAUUGCAACUUCUGAAAUAUAAUUUCAUAGCUACUAAGUACUGUUUAGUAUUAAGCUAUGGUUUAGUUAGCACAACUGUCUUGCCUAAGUAACUCAUUAAUUAAUUUGUUUCAAGUUAAUUACCUAAUUAAUCAGCUGUACUUUCACAGAAUCGAGUGUGUGGACUUUGCGGAAACUUCGAUUCCAACGAGAUGAACGACCUGCAGAUAAGUGGGUCAUCGGUGGUGUCCAGCCCCCUCGCCUUCGGCAAUAGCUGGAAGACGGCCACACCCCCUUGCUCUGACGUGACCAAUGAGGUGUUUCCGUGCCAGCGCCACUCCUACUGCUCCGCCUGGGCCGAGAGACGCUGUAUGAUCCUCAGGGGAGACACCUUUAAGGACUGCCACUUGAAGGUACAGUUCGCUUAAAAGGACAGUUCACCCCAAACAUUAAACACCUUUAAUUAAGGACUGCUACAGAGGUACGCUUAAAAGUAUAGCUUACCCCAAACAUCACACACCUUCAAGGACUGCCACUUAAAGGUAGGCUUAAAGAGAUAGUUCACCCCAAACAUGUGGGUCCUUUGUAGCUCAGUUGGUAGAUUAUGGUGCUUGCAAUGACAGGAUAGUGGGUUUGAUUCCCAGGACCACACGUACAAGAUUUUUAAAAGCAUCUGCUAAAUGGCAUAUAUUAUAUUAUUAUGUAACACCUUUAAAUAGACAUUCAGUUAAGAUGUUCUGCUUUGUUCUCCAGGUGGACCCAGAGCCCUACUACCAGGCCUGUGUGUUGGAGUCAUGCUCCUGUGAGUUUGAGGGGAAGUUCUUGGGUUUCUGUACAGCCGUGGCAGCCUACGCUGAGGCCUGCAGUGACCAGGACGUGUGUGUCCGCUGGAGAACGCCAGACAUGUGCCGUACGUAACAGAUCACAACUGACGCAAAUAUUCUCCUCAGUAUUUCAUUUAAAAGUAAUGCUAACACUUUACCAUUACUUACAUGUGUAAUGCUUUAUUGUUCUUUUUUAAGUAUGUAUGAGUCUGCCAAGGAUAGUCUUUCAAUAAGAUGCUAAUUACAUGUACAGUUGAAGUCGGAAGUUUACAUACAUUUAAGUUGGAGUCAUUAAAAGUAGUUUUUCAACCACUCCACAAAUUCCUUAUUAACAAACUAUAGUUUUGGAAAGUCAGUUAGGACAUCUACUUUGUGCAUAACACAAGUCAUUUGUUCAACAAUUGUUUACAGACAGAUUAUUUCACUUAUAAUUCACUGUAUCACAAUUCCAGUGGGUCAGAAGUUUACAUACACAAAGUUGACUGUGCCUUUAAACAGCUUGGAAAAUGCCAGAAAAUGAUGUCAUGGCUUUAGAAGCUUCUGAUAGGCUAAUUGACAUCAUUUGAGUCAAUUGGAGGUGUACCUGUGGAUGUAUUUCAAGGCCUACCUUCAAACUCAGUGCCUCUUUGCUUGACAUCAUGGGAAAAUCAAAAGAAAUCUGCCAAGACCUCAGAAAAGAAAUUGUAGACCAAUUACUUCACAAUUGAGUGUAUGUAAACUUCUGACCCACUGGGAAUGUGAUGAAAUAAAUAAAUGCUGAAAUAAAUAAUUCUCUCUACUAUUAUUCUGACAUUUCACAUUCUUAAAAUAAAGUGGUGAUCCUAACUGACCUAAAACAGGGAAUUUUGACUAGGAUUAAAUGUCAGGAAUUGUGAAAAACAGAGUUUAAGUGUAUUUGGCUAAGGUGUAUGUAAACUUCUGACAUCAACUGUAUGUGUUAUUAAAACACAGUGUUUAAAUGAACUAUUCCUCUACCUACCCAUACAGCGGUGUACUGCGACUACUACAAUGAGAAGGGCCACUGUAGCUGGCACUAUGAUCCCUGUGGACAGAUCAAGACCUGUGGCAAAAACAACCUCUUCACCGGCAAGCUGGAAGGUAACUGAACUGACUCAAUUCAUGGAAAUGGAUGAUCCAUCUAACAUGGUCCCGGAUUUGUUUGUGCUGUCAAACCGAUCUGUCAACAGGCUAUGAUCCCAGAAGAUGUUUAUAUCUGUCAUGAGAGAUUCAUCUGCUCCUCACAGUGAUGUUGAUCUUAAUGCUAACUUUGACAUUUUCUCUGUGUGCAGGCUGCUACCCGAAAUGCACAGCAGAGGCUCCAUACUAUGAUGAGAACACAGGGAGAUGCUCCACUUUGGACAACUGCACUUGUUAUUCCAACGAGACUAUGGUUAAGCCUGGUACAGUUAUCAGGAAACCCACUGGGAACUGGUGAGUACCUAUUUACAGUAUAGCAGUGCAAGUAUACUCUAUGUAGGCCUAUUAUGCGGAAAUGAGAAAGACAAAAUCGAUUUAACAUACAGGAGAAUGGUAACUGUGAUCUUUUACUGUGCUCUCUGUCUACAGCACUUGUGAACAGGGGCGUAUUAACUGUGGUAAGUGGAUAUGUUAUAACUGAGUUUACGUAUUUGUAAAUCAGUUAAGACUUUGAUCACAAUUGUGACUGACUUAUAUUAAAGUGUUAUAUUAUCAGAAAUGCAGUAUUACCACAUCCAUUUAUGUGAUGUGCCUCUUUUAGGUCCUGAACCUCCAUCAACUACACCUACAACAUCAACUACACCUACAACUUCAACUACACCUACAACCAGACCUAAACCACCCACUGCUACACCUGAAUAUACAACCACACCUAAACAACCUACUUCUACAUCUGAACCUACAACCACAACUACACAAUCAAAUACAAUGAGAACUACACCUGAACCUACAACAACUAUAUUGACUACUACACCUGAAUAUACAACCACACCGAAACAACCUACUACUACACUUGAACCUACAACCACAACUACACAAUCAACUACAAUGAGAACUACACCUGAACCUACAACAACUAUAUUGACUACUACACCUGAAUAUACAACCACACCGAAACAACCUACUACUACACCUGAGCCUACAACCACAACUACACAAUCAACUACAAUGAGAACUACACCUGAACCUACAACAACUAUAUUGACUACUACACCUGAAUAUACAUCCACACCUAAACAACCUACCACUACACCUGAACCUACAACCACAACUACACAAUCAACUACAAUGAGAACUACACCUGAACCUACAACAACUAUAUUGACUACUACACCUGAAUAUACAACCACACCUGAACAACCUACCUCUACACCUGAACCUACAACCACAACUACACAAUCAACUACAAUGACAACUACACCUGAACCUACAACAACUAUAUUGACUACUACACCUGAAUAUACAACCACACCUGAACAACCUACUUCUACACCUGAACCUACAACCACAACUACACAAUCAACUACAAUGAGAACUACACCUGAACCUACAACAACUAUAUUGACUACUACACCUGAAUAUACAUCCACACCUAAACAACAUAAUACUACACCUGAAUCUUCAACCACACCUACACAACCGACUACAACAAGAACUACACCUGUACUUACAGAAACUAUAUUGACUACUACACCUGAAAUUACAACCACAAUUGAAUCUACAACCACACCUCAACAGCCCACUACAACACCUGAACCUACAACCACACCUAAACAACCCACCACAACAAGAACUACACCUGAACUUACAACCACAUUUACACACAGUUUGGAAUACACAACUGGAUUCCCAACGAUAGUUACAGGAUCUAAAACUACUCUAUCUAAUCCAUCUGAGUUAGUAGUGUGGAAUACUACAGCUGGUCAAACCACUACUGCAGAAGCAACUACAGCAUACACUGAAACUACAACUAAAUUAACAUCUACACAACCCACAACUACAUUCUCAUAUUCUACAACCAAAUAUGUAGAACCAACAUCUACAACCGAACCAACUACUUCACAUACUGAAAUGACAACGAAACCAUCAACUUCACAUACUGAAAUGACAACCAAACCAACUACUUUUACUGAAAUGACAACCAAACCAACUACUUUUACUGAAAUGACAACCAAACCAACUACUUUUACUGAAAUGACAACCAAACCAACUACUUUUACUGAAAUGAAAACCAAACCAACUACUUCAGAUACUGACGUUACAACUGAAUCAACAACUGAAGGACCAUCGACUGAAGCUACAACCCUGUACAUAAGUCGAACAACAACUUCCUCUACACAAUCUCCCACUACCUCUGAAUCAACAACAUCUACGGCUCCAACAACAAUGUCAACAACAAUGUCUACAGAGUCUACAACCACACCUCAACAACCCACUACAACACCUGAACCUACUACCACACCUAAACAAUCCACUACAUCAAGAACUACACCUGAACUUACAACAACUAUAUUAACUACUACAACACAACCCACAACUACAUUCUCAUAUUCUAUGACCAAAUAUGUAGAACCAACAUCUACAACCGAACCAACUAAAUCAUAUACUGAAAUGACAACCAAACCAACUACUUCACAUACUGAAAUGACAACCAAACCAACUACUUCACAUACUGAAAUGACAACAAAACCAACUACUUCACAUACUGAAAUGACAUCCAAACCAACUACUUCACAUACUGAAAUGACAACCAAACCAACUACUUCAGAUACUGACGUUACAACUGAAUCAACAACUGAAGGACCAUCGACUGAAGCUACAACCCUGUACACAAGUCGACCAACAACUUCCUCUACACAAUCUCCCACUAUCUCUGAAUCAACCACAUCUACGGGUCCAACAACGAUGUCAACAGAAAUAUAUACAGAGUCUACAACACCUACAAGUAGGCCAACAUAUUUAAAUAUAUUUUUGGCAAUUUUGAUUGUUGAUAUUGGUUGAUAUCUCUAAAAUCUACCUGACCUUACAAAUAUACUAUAGAAAUAGAUGUAGAAGUUGUUCCACUAUGUUUGAGUCAAAUCUACACCUUGUUUCCAGUUUGUGAGUGUAGAGACCUGAAGAGGAACCAGAUUUGGGCAUGUGGAGAGAAGUGGACAGAAGACUGCUUCAAUAAGACGUGUAACGGUGGAAAGAUAGAGAUGACUUCGGUCAACUGUCCGUAUCCAGUUCGCCCCACCAUGUGCCCCAGGGGACAGAUGGUCAGAGUCUCAGACGGAUGCUGUGACUACUGGAAGUGUGAUUGUGAGUCUGUCUGUCUGCCUGCCUGUCUGUUCCUUUGGGUAAAGUGCUAGAGUUUGUCUAUCUUUUAUCUUGUUUUUGAAGAGGGUUUUACUUCCUGCACAGUCUGAUGCUCUUAUUAUGUAGUAGUUUCGUCUUCCUUAUGGGAAUGCACUUAUUAUAAGUCAGUUCCUCUCUUAUUCCCCCUCUACCCUUAUUCCCCCUCUAUUCUUAUUCCCCAUCUUCUUUUAUCCCCCCUGUUCUCUUAUUCCCCCUGUCCCCCAGGUCGUUGUGACCUCUAUGGAGACCCUCACUACAUCUCCUUCCAGGGCGUGACCUUUGACUUCCUGGAUAAUUGUACUUACAUCCUGGUCGAGGAGAAAACGCUGCGUCACCAUCUGACUGUUGCCGUGGACAACUACUUCUGUAUUCCCGAGUUGGACGGCGCCUGUGCCAAAGGCAUCAUCCUGCAGUACCAGAACAACACGGCCACUGUCAGCAUCGUACCGGACGAGUACAGGGUGAAGGUACUGCCGUUCUUCAUUUAUUGAUUGAUUGAUUGGUUUAAGCAUUCAUUCAUCCAUCCAUCCAUUCAUUAAAUUAUUUGUUCAUUCAUUCCAGUAGUCACCACAUUUGAUUGAUUGGCUCUUGAAUAUAUAUUGCCAUGAUAGUGAUCUUUCUGAGAUCUCACUCACUCAAACCAUUCUGCUCCUCUCUCUCCUAGUCUACUCUGAACCAGAAGACCGUCGAGCCUCCCUAUGAGGAGAAUGGUAUCAGGUUUGAGACGACAGGCUAUAUGGUGUCUGUAUACAUCCCUGAGAUCCGCUCACAUAUCUCUCUCACACCAUCCAACACUGUGACUGUCACCUUGGCCAUGGAGCAUUUCCUGCAUAACACCCAAGGACAAUGCGGUUUGUAUUAGACAAGGAAGUGUGUGUGUGUGUGUGGGUGUGUGUGUCUGUAUGUGUGUCAGUGUGUGUGCAUGCCUGCCUGUGUACAUGCAUGUGUGCGUUUCCAAGCUUACGUCUACAUUUUGGUUAUUGGCAGGUGUGUGCGGUGGGAGCUCUUGUGUGCGUAGAAGUGGGGAGACUGAAGCUGACAGCUGCUGUGAUAAGACCGCCUAUGACUGGAUCUAUGAGGACCCUCUGAAGCCUGAGUGUAGCGCUGCUCCCAGGGACGUCCCUUGCCAUCCUACUCCUCCAACCACAACCACCAGCUGUCCUGGCAGCCCCCUCUGUGACCUUCUCCAUCACCCGUAGGAUGAUUCAAUUCAGUUCAAUUUGAUUUGAUUUGUUUCACAUGACGAUCUCCCAAAUGGUCAGAAAUCUGUGGCGUUUCAUUCAAUGUUGAUGUGACAGCUAUGAUAAAUCAUUAUAUUGAGAUAAAACAAUGCAACAUAAACACUGAUUUUGUUUUGUGCCAAAAACAAUGUUGUAAAAGUAUUGAGAAGGUGUAUUUUCCUGUAUGUUGAUCAGUCUGUUGGUAUGUGUCAUUACAGAGUUUUUGCAGAUUGCAGUUGGCGGGUGGAUCUGAGCCAGCUUGAGAGGAACUGUAGGUUUGAUUCGUGUGAGAGGAACGACAUGGCUUGUUCUCCUCUGGAGCAGGCUGUUGAGGAGUGUAAGAAAGCAGGCAUCUGUGUGAACUGGAGACAACUCACCAACGGGACCUGUGGUAAUUGAACUUUUUUUUUUAACGUUUCUAAAACUUUCUGAUAUGUGUAUUGGUGCUUGGAAAAUCAACUGGGACAUUGAUAAAAAAAUUAAGAAAUGUAGUUGUAUUUUUAUUUUUUAUUUUUUUAAUCAUUCAUCCAUCAUGGUGUACUGGUGCUGGGGAAAUUCAUUAAGACACAAGGACAAGAAGAGAGAAAUAACAUUUAUUUCCUAAAUAACUUUGUUAUUUAUUUCAGCUGUUGGGUGCCCAACUGGGAUGGUGUACAGAGAGUGCCAAGGCCAGUUGGAUGACUACUGUCACGGAGGGUAAGUGAAUCCAUCUCCCGUUGUCCUAACACUAUUUAACACAGUACAUUUUACGUGUGUCUAAAAGUUUCAAUUUUUUUUAUUAAAAAGUUAGUCUUCUAAUUGUUCCACGUUCUUUCUGCAGAGUCCGUGUUCCAGGGAGAGUACUGCAGGAAGUUAAGGCUGGAUGUUUCUGUCUCAGAGGACAGUUCAGAGCUGAAGAGCACAAGUACAUUUGUGUGUCGGAGUGUCCCUGUGAGUGGAGUUUGGGAUUCUCUCUUGAGCCUAGGGCCAAAUCCUAACUUGAGAAAUCCACUUGCAUAGGUUGAAGUUUAACUUGUGAACAUCUUAGAUAUGCUAAACUCUGUUCUUGGGACCCCAAGGGGUGCACAUUUUGGUUUUUGCCUUAUCACUACACAUUUGAUUCAAAUAAAAAACUAAUCAUCAAGCUUUGAUAGUGUUAGGGCUAAAAAUAAAACAUGCACCCCUUCGGGUCCCGAGGACCGAGUUUGUGAAAUGCUGUUCUAAGAGUAUCCCAAAUCAGGAUUUAAUCUGAACACAUUGACUGUCAUGACCUCCAGGCAUGCAAUUUAUACAUACUAUCAGGGUUGGGGUUAAUUUCACUAAUUAGAUUAUAAUUCAAUUCCCUCUCCCUGUAUAUUCCAUUUAAUUUAAUUCAAAUUCCAGAUCACUUUAAAUUCAGUGAUACUUUAAUUCCUCUCAAUUCCAAUGUAAGGUAAAUUACAUUAAUUAAAUUCUUACAGUGAGGGAAAAAAGCAUUUGAUCCCCUGCUGAUUUUGUACGUUUGCCAACUGACAAAAAAAUUAUCAGUCUAUAAUUGUAAUGGUAGGUUUAUUUGAACAGUGAGAGACAGAAUAACAACAAAGAAAUCCAGAAAAAAACACAUGUCAAAAAUAUUAUAAAUUGAUUUGCAUUUUAAUGAGGGAAAUAAGUAUUUGACCCCCUCUCAAUCAGAAAGAUUUCUGGCUCCCAGGUAUCUUUUAUACAGGUAACGAGCUGAGAUUAGGAGCACACUCUUAAAGGGAGUGCUCCUAAUCUCAGUUUGUUACCUGUAUAAAAGACACCUGUCCACAGAAGUAAUCAAUCAAUCAGAUUCCAAACUCUCCACCAUGGCCAAGACCAAAGAGCUCUCCAAUGAUGUCAGGGACAAGAUUGUAGACCUACACAAGGCUGGAAUGGGCUACAAGAUCAUUGGCAAGCAGCUUGGUGAGAAGGUGACAGUUGGUUCAAUUAUUCGCAAAUGGAAGAAACACAAAAUAACUGUCAAUCUCCCUCGGCCUGAGGCUCCAUGCAAGAUCUCACCUCGUGGAGUUGCAAUGAUCAUGAGAAUGGUGAGGAAUCAGCCCAGAACUACACGGGAGGAUCUUGUCAAUGAUCUCAAGGCAGCUGGAACCAUAGUCACCAAGAAAACAAUUGGUAACACACUACGCCAUGAAGGACUGAAAUCCUGCAGCACACGCAAGGUCCCCCUGCUCAAGAAAGCACAUAUACAGGCCCGUCUGAAGUUUUCCAAUGAACAUCUGAAUGAUUCAGAGGAGAACUGGGUGAAAGUGUUGUGGUCAGAUGAGACCAAAAUGGAGCUCUUUGGCAUCAACUCAACUCGCCGUGUUUGGAGGAGGAAACAUUAUGCUUAGGGGGUGUUUUUCUGCUAAGGGGACAGGACAACUUUACCGCAUCAAAGGGACGAUGGACGGGGCCAUGUACCGUCAAAUCUUGGGUGAGAACCUCCUUCCCUCAGCCAGGGCAUUGAAAAUGGGUCGUGGAUGGGUAUUCCAGCAUGACAAUGACCCAAAACACACAGCCAAGGCAACAAAGGAGUGGCUCAUGAAAAAGCACAUUAAGGUCCUGGAGUGGCCUAGUCAGUCUCCAGACCUUAAUCCCAUAGAAAAUCUGUGGAGGGAGCUGAAGGUUCGAGUUGCCAAACCUCAGCCUACGAAAAUGACUUGGAGAAGAUUUGCAAAGAGGAGUGGGACAAAAUCCCUCCUGAGAUUUGUGCAAACCUGGUGGCCAACUACAAGAAACGUCUGACCUCUGUGAUUGCCAACAAGGGUUUUGCCACCAAGUACUAAGUCAUGUUUUGUAGAGGGGUCAAAUACUUAUUUCCCUCAUUAAAAUGCAAAUCAAUUCAUAACAUUUUUGACAUGCGUUUUUCUGUAUUUAUUUGUUGUUAUUGUGUCUCUCACUGUUCAAAUAAACCUACCAUUAAAAUGAUAGACUGAUCAUGUCUUUGUCAGUGGGCAAACGUACAAUUCACCAGGGGAUCAAAUACUUUUUUCCCUCACUGUAAUUCAACAUUAUCCCCAACAAUUCCACACAUUUGAAUUCAAUUCCUUCAGGCUUUCAGACUGAUCAUGUCACUGUUUAGACAGCCUAGCUAUACUGGAAAUAUAGAAAUACAAGUUGAAAUUAUUUUAAAAUAAAUCCUGCAGUCAUUUUGUCAUACUUUGUGCAUUCAUUUCAUUAACUGGGAAAUAUACAAAUAUUAAAUUCCAAUUCACUUCCAAACAUUUUAUGUUUUUCAAUUCCAAUUCCAAUUCAAACAGUCCAAACAGUUUAAUUCCAAAUAAUUUCAAAUUCAAGAACUUGAAGAUUGUUGACAUUCGAAUUGAAUUCAACAUAUAUUCUCCAUUUCAUGAGUGAAUUCAAGAAUUGAAUUGGAAUUUCAAAUUAGAUUGGAAUUGGCCCCAACCCUGCAUACUAUACUGAUGUUUUAUGCGGAAUAAGUUCAACCUCUUCAUCAUGUCUUCCAGACUGUAAGGGUCCACUGGGAGAAAACAAGCAGGUGAGAAGACCAUGUGCUUUCAUGGCUCCAUGAUUAAAACACUGUUAUUACAGAGCUGAUAUACUGGUACUUUUUAGUAUUAGUAUUAAUGUUCUUAUGUUUUACAGCUUGGGGAGACAUGGCAGUCCAACUGUCAGGUGUGUAAGUGUAACCACCUGACCAAGACAGAGGAGUGUCAACCCGAACCCCCCUCCCCCUCUCCUCUCUGCAGUCAGAACUCCGUCCUGGUCUCUGACUGCUGUGGCAAAGAGACGUGUGGUAAGAUAAUGGAUCUGAUACUGAAUAAUAAUGAUACAUGUCUUUUGUAUAGUGUGUUUCUAAAUACACUCACCUUCUUAGUGCUCACCUUACCUCACUUUACUUUGCAGUUGAGAAGACGUGUAACUAUAACGGAAGGACCUACAAAGUAAGCAUCCAGAUGUUUAGAAAUACCAACUUUAUAUAGCUACUGUACCAGGAAAAUAAACACAUUGACAGCAUUUCCAUCAUGGCAGCUCUCCUUAUCUGAUGUCUAUGUGCCUGUUUGGUUAGGUGGGAGACAGAUGGACAGACCUUGCCCUGCCCUGUGAGUCAUAUAGUUGUACCAGAGAAGGCACUCAGACAGAGAGAAGGGUGUGUCCCCAUCAGAACUGCUCAGAGGUACCUGCUGCUCUUUCUCUGUAUCAAUCAAAUGUAUCAAAUGUAUUUAAAAAGACAUUUUUACAUCAACAGCUGUCACAAAGUAUGGAACUAUAUGACAUCCAAUUAUUUUCAGUAUAACUUGUUUUGUUUCUAGGAGGACAGAGUAUGGGACGAACAACAUUGCUGCUACACAUGUAAGCUAACUCUUAUCUCCAGUCUGUUGUACGUAAAUUAUCAUAUCUGGUCACGCUGACCACUGAGAGAGAAGAGAGAGGGAGCCGGACAUCUAGUGGUUGAAAUGAGGUGGUUCACUUAUUCAAUGUGGACGUUUCCACUGCAAGAAGAGACUAGAAAAUCAACAACAAUAGAACGUUUCCUAUUCUUUGUGUAUCUAUUGCUUAUAGCUCCAAGGGAUGAUUAUUUACAAUGUAACUCUGAACUGUAUUAAAGGGUUAGUUCACUCAAGCUGUAUUUUAGUAUUUUGUUUAUUAGUCCACUGUUAAAACAAUUGUUAAAGUUUUCAACAUAGAGCACUUUAGUUCAGAGCAAAAACUGUGAUGAUAAUGAGGUUGAUGCAUUCUUUCCACUCACACACUGCCAUUCUCUCUACCCCAGGUAACCAGACCUGUGCUCCAAGGGUUUCUAGUGUGAACAUCACUGUAGACAACUGCACAGCAACACUACAACUGCCCAUAUGUCAAGGCCAGUGUGGGACAGAGACAAGGUGAGACUGGUCAAAGAUUAUUAAUGCACUUAUUGUAUGUUGCUCUGGAUAAGAGUGUGACAUAACUACAAUGUGAAGGUCUUAUCUUCUCUGGUCUUUUUCUCCUCCCUCUCUCUAAACCUCAGAUGGGUUGUUGCUGGCAGUAUUCUCCAACUGGAACAGAAGUGUGAGUGUUGCAGAGUGAGGAGUUAUGAGAGGAAGUCAGUGAAUCUGACCUGUACACGGGGCUCCGUUAUGCACCACCUGUAUGCACAUGUUACCAGCUGCGAGUGCCAUGACUGCAGUAUAUUGCGGUAAACAUUGCCUUGUGUUCUGAACGUAUAUGCACACAAACAAAACAUUUAAUAUUGAACUGUUAUUAAGAUGGUGAAAAUUUGCCAAAUCCAUGUUUUUUCUAGAUUCUGCUACCUUUCUCCUUAUAAUAAUGUAUUGGUCUGUGUGUUGAGGGUAUACAGUAUGGUACGUGCAGAACAAUGUCUUACAUUUUCAUUAGUAUAAUAGGUUUUUCAGCUAGUGCACAUUGGUCGAAAGGCCUUUUUCUAUAUUGCAUAUACGCUGUUCCAGUGCAGGAAGUGGAACAUUGUAUGUAGCAUAUUGUUGAUUGUAUGUAUUCCAUAGAUUUCACAUAGGAAAUAUUUUACUGAUCAACCCAGCACUUUUUAAUCUAAAUGACUGCAUCUCCAAUUUUAAUGUGAUUUUCUUAUUAUAUUGAAAUGUUUAUUUUAGUUAUACAAGUACUGUAUGUUUGCCAAUCGUUUCAAGAACUGUAACCACAUUGAUUUUGCUGAUUUAUUUUAAAUAAAGUACUGAAGCGUCU